AUAAAAAUAAAAAGUUCAGAAGAAAAAAAACAUCAUCACAAUCAUCAGGACCCAACAUGGCGGCCAGCGUGCGGACGUGACCCAGUACUGGCAAACUUUAUAAGCCCGCCGCACCCACCACACGCCACCCACGCCCCCGACAUCUUGCAGACAGCCAGACUGGUGAGGUGGCCGCCAUCAUGAAGUAUUACGAGAACAGCAGUGUCCUCAAAUUUUCGUGGGACCAGGUGGCUCAGGGGAUCUGGCAGCGCUACCCUAACCCUGAGAGCUCCCAUGUGCUCUCAGAAGACACAGUGGUGAGGAAGGUAGUGGGGGGACAGCUGCACUCCAAACGGCUGCUCACCAAGACCAACCGCAUGCCCAAGUGGGGGGAACGCAUUAUCAGCGCCAGACACGUCAAUGUGAUCGAGGAGUCCGUUGUUGAUCCAGAGAAGAAGGAACUCUGCACCUACACCAGGAAUGUCGGCCUGACCAAGGUGAUGACGUGUGUGGAGAAGGUGAUGUACCGGCCGUGUCCAGAGAACCCCCAGUGGACAGUGGCAGAGAGGAAGGCGUGGAUUGACUCUAAGAUCUUUGGUCUGAGCUAUGCCAUCCAGACCUUUGGAGUGGAACGGUACAAGAAGAACAUUCAGAAAAGCAACCUUGGCUUCUCGUACGCACUCAACAGACUGUUCCCCAACGCCAGUGCUCCCACUGACCCUGCCCUCCCUUACCAACCUUCCCUGGAGGAGCGAAAGCAGAGACUAAAGGAGGCAGCGCGAGAGACAGCCAAACGUGCGAAGGAACUGGCGCAGGAGAAGGCUGGACCAAUCUAUGCUGCCUGUGAGGGAGUGAAGAGCUGAGGGAGGCAGAGACAGUAUUGAGGGGGGGCCUGGCACUGCUGGUCCAUAUGUUCCCUGUGAAGUAUUGUUUAUCAGCCAAUGCAAGGGAGGUUGGGCGUUGUACAGAUGUAGAUAUUUGGGUUAUGGGUUCAUGUGCUCCCUCUACCUGUCGUCAUGGUUAUGUUGUGAUGGUGUUUUUUUUUUUUUUUUUUUUUUUUUUUUUUUUUUUUUUUUUUUUUUUUUUUCUCCAUCAUCAUCAUCAUUUGUUUGGGUUUCUGUUCACUGGUUCAAUUCUGAGGUUCUGUAUUUUUAAUGUCUUGGUAUCUUAUCAUGCAUGCUUCCAACAGGCCCUAGUGGGAGUUACUGGAGUUAUCAAGGCAUAUUUCAUGAUUCUAGCAAUAGUCUGACAAGCUGUAGUGGAAGUUGUUGGAGUUUUUAAGGGACUCCAUGUUCCUAGUGCUAAUUUGACAUGGAUUCCUCAUCUUGAAUGCUUCUAACAGGCUCUAAUGGAAGUUAUGUUGGGUUUCCAAGGUGUUUUCGUGAUUCUAGUGCUAGUUUUGUGAUUCCUCAUCUUGAAUGCUUCUAACAGGCUCUAGUGGAAGUUCUUGGGGUUUGCAAGGUGUGUUCAUGAUUCUAGUUACAGCUUAACAAGUAUUAUACAUCUUGAAUGCUUCUAAUAGGCUCUUAUGGAAGUUUUUUAGGAUUUUCAGGGUGUUUUUGUGAUUCUAGUAAUAGUUUUACAAAGAGUUAACAUCUUGAGCACUUCUAACAGGCUGUAGUGGAAGUUAUUAAACACCAUUUUCAAUGGUGUUUAAUGAUUUUAGUGAUAGUUUAAUACCAUCCUCACAAAAACAGCCUUGAGAACCUGUCUGAUCAUCUGUGGCCUUGGGAAACAGUCCUGAUGAGAGAAUCAAGCAUUUUAGAGUCUGGAACCAGUAAUACUCCUUUAUGUAAUGAUAUACUAAAACCGUUACCAGAACCGAAAGUUUCUUAAUGUAUAGUUUGUUGAUAUAUUCCCUUACCAUGACGAGGAGGAUGAGAGAAGCACUUUUGCCAACACUUGAAGAGAGAGCGAGUGAAUGAGUGAGAGUUUACACCUUGUCUUUGAAGUCUGUCACAUGCUGGUUCCACUCUGGACAACUCCCAGUAUAUUUCAUUCCAUUUCACACACUGGAGUUUAGUUUGGUUCCCUUCCUCAAGCCAGCAGCCCUCUAUCCCCAGGUGUUGCCAAGCACAGCACUACCCUGUUGUCUGAUUGAUGGAUUAAAAAGCAACAUCCUAACAGUCAUUAAGUGUGUGUGUGUGUGUGUGUGUGUGUGUGGGUGUUGGCACAGAACCUUGCAGAUGUUGGUAUGAGUCCCUAAGACCAAAAUAAGAGACACAGAGAGGGACUGGUGUAAAAAGUGUGUGUUUAUAGUCCAAAGUGAGACUGAGAGAAAGACAAAUGUAAAAAGUGAGUAAUCGUCAAAAAUGAGACAGAGAGAGGGACAAGUGUAAAAAAUGAGUGAGCUUUUUUUGCUGAAAACUUAAGGGAAACAGGGGCUGAAGUGUAUCUCAUCCUGUAAGACCAAAAGACAACAGCAUUCAUCCCCUAACACCAAGAAAUGUGUCUGUGUCCCUAAAACCACUUACGACAGCGACAGGGACAGUAAAAAGACCAAAAAAAUGUCUUUCAUCCCUAAAUGUCAAUAAGUGUGCAUCUUUUUGUCCCUAAAACCACUUAGGACAGUGACAGGGACUGGCCAUAAGGUUUGCUGAGAGUUGUCGCCGCAGGGACCAGCAUGGCGUGUGGCUUUGAAUUCCAUCCCUCAUUCCAUUACACGUUGCUCAGUUGCAGCGACGACUGACCAGUUUGGAGUUUUCUGGGUUCACGCCAUCCACACAGGGUUGAGUGUGUGUGUGUGUGUGUGUGUGCACGCAUGGGGGCAUAUUGUGAGCACUGCUGGGAAAAUUUGAUGCUUGUGUGUGAGUGAGGAGAAAAAAAAUGUGCCUGUAUGAAGCCUUGUCCACACAAUCAAAUGAUGCCUGGCUAACUUCAUCCUCCAUUGCACUCUUAGUUUGCUCACCAAUCUUGCCCAGUGUGCACUGAGUGACCAUCAGGCAGUACUGGAUUGUGUGGAUAGUACCUUGGUGUCCCUUCACAUGACACCACUAUGUUUGCAAUUCAAAUGAGGCUGCAUCACUUCUGACAUCAUGGCCAAAUUUGUGAUGGCAAGCUAGGUAUUGGGGCCAGUAAGUCAUACCACCAUGGCACUGUAUUUUUUUUUUUUUCCAUAUAAGAGGGGCACUGGCCAAGUGUAAGAAAAUGUGAGAAAAAAAGGGCCACUUGUCAUUUCCCAAAACAUUGUCAAAGGUGUGUGUGUGUGUGUGUGUGUGUGUGUGUGUGUGUGUGUGUGUGUGUGUGUGUGUGUUAAACCACUUCACAACACUAUCCUUACCAGUAGUUUUGUUGGCAGCACUCAGUCAAUAUCUCACAGUGCUGGAGGCAUGUGUGUUGCAUCAAGGUUCCCCACACAAGUAUUACACUCCACACACACAUCCUGAGGUGCUGCGGUGUGCCGGCCGAGUCUUGAGUCUUGUGCCGUAAUGUUAACAGAAACAGGGAAACUUUUAAAACAUUUGUAGCAGAGCAAGUGCAGAUUAUUAAAAAGUUCAAAAUAUUAUAGAGAAUUCAUUAA